AUGGAGUUUUCACAUAACAGUUAAUCGAGUCUCUCGUCCACGGUCUACUGCCGUCGACUCCUCUUCUCUAGGUCAGUGGUGCGCGGGGUCUGCUAUCGCCUAUCCCAUGUCUUCGGCGACCUUCCAAAGCCGAUGCCACCGACGUCCAAAGACGGCCCAUUGAGAAGCGAACCAUGUGUCAACGUCUCCUUUUGUUUUGUGUUGUUUACGUGCCCUCAGCAUCGUGAUCUUAGAGAAGUUCGUGCGUGGUGCGCCCUUUUUGGAGUUUUGAGUUGAGAGAUGUGGGGCCUCCUUGUUUUGGUACUCUUCACCGAAUCCUCCACAGCAUACGGUGGUUAUGACACCGGCGAAGGUACCAAUUCUUGUGGACGACCCUACAGAGCUGGAAGGAUGCACAAGCCUCCAUGUAAUCUCGCAACGGAAGGAGGGUACUGCAAGGAUGCUGGAGAAAACUAUCCUUGGCAUGCAGUACGGAGAUUUGUCAAAGAAAACAGAGGCUUAAUGAGGAGGAUGUAUGGGGAACAACCAGAAAGUGCCAUUUUGAGAGAAGAACUUGCAAGAAUGUCACCAGAAAAUGUAAAGGACCGGUUUCCAAGACACCAGCAACCUUUAGAUUUGGAAAACGAACUGUACAGGGAAGAUGAAGAAGAGGACUACGAAGACAUACUCCAUGGAGGGGCAUAUUACAAGGAAGAAUACGAGUUGAAGUUCGAAGGACGUUACAUGAGAGACGACGACGUCCUAAGAACCAAGUUCAUAUUUUCAGAAGAACCGACGAUCUCCAUCAAGUUGGCAGGCCUGAAAACCGCCCCCAUGUUCAGGCAAGCCACUACUGCUGCAAGUACAACAGUGGCGAAUGAAGGAACCAUCGGUACCACUGCUUCCACAAGUGGUACCACCGCCAAUCUUCCAAAUGGUGGUACUACCGAAGAUCCAUCUCAAGGGUUGGAAAAUUCAACGGUGGCUUCAUCCAGGGAGGCUGACGAGAGUGUGGAAUCAACAACUGACCUUGAGGAGGACACGACAGCUACGCAAGAUGUGGAAAAAACGAAAGCUACUACGACUCCCUCUUUUACUCAAGUGACCACUGAGAGGACCGAAAAUGUUGAUGUUUCAACUCGUACAUCGAUUGGUGCUAAACCAAGACCAACCCAAGGAGUUUUGUUUCAGGAUAUGGAAGAGGCAGCUUCUGAAAAGGUCAAGGUCAACUUUAAGAUGGCUGGUGUAAAUGCCUGUCCAGUGAAAGAAGAAGUGGUUGCCCCCUUUUGGGCCAACAAUACUAGAGGAGAAGUUCUAGCCCUACUGAAUAUGUACCCUUUUGAGCAAUACGUGCAUUGGGAAAAAUGUUCCUUUGAAAACAAACAGAUGUACUGCAGGGAAGGUUGUAGAUGCGAACAGCAGUACCGCCUGCAUCGCCUUUUGGCCUAUGACCCUCAGAAUGAAUGCAAAGGAAUUUUUUCGGACUGGUUCAGGUUCCCUUCCUGUUGUGUUUGCAAAUGCUACGGUUUACCUUCAGAGUUCAGGGUAACUUCAAGGAGUCCAAGGAACAAGGAGUCAGAGUGGGUUGAUACAGGAACAGUUGCAGAUUGAAGUUGAUUGUAUUUAUUUUGUAUAUAAAGAAUUGUUGUUUUGUUACAGGCUCUUUGUCAGAAAGUAUUCUUGUCAAAAUACGCAUUUCAACCUAUUUCUGCUCUAUUUUCUAUUUGUUGUGCGGUUUAUUAAUUGUUAUAUAUUUAUUUAUCAUUCUUUUUCUUAUUUCCAGUGUUCCUUUUGAAUAUAUAUUUUCAAAUAGGCUAAUAGGCAAGAAAAGUUUGUCAAAUAGUCUAUUGCUUGCUUAAAUGCUUUUAUGUAUUGUAUAACAGAAAUAUUAAACUUUCUUGUCCCUUUUUUGUUAUUGACAUUAUGAGCUUAAUUAUUUUUAUGUAGAGUGUUAUACGUUUUUUUAAUAUUCUUAUUCCUCAAACUAUUGAUGACUGAAAUAUUUAUUAGGCAGGUAUUUGCUUAUAUUUUUCCUUAUUUUUUCCUAUGUAGAAUUGAAAUAAAUAAGUGAGAAUGUUUUAUAGAAUAAGAUAUAAACCUUACAAGUUAAUUUAAGUGUACAUAAUUUCCAAACAAAUUGAAAUUUGAAAUACAUAUAUUGAAAAAAAAUAUAUAAUUUACAACUGACUCAUCAAAUUUUUAAUUUUAUUCUUCGAAAUAUAUAUAAAAGGACCUGAUGGUUGGAAAAACAUCAAGUUUACGCAUCUUUUUAUUAGCGUGUAAACCGGCCUUUUCAUCAAUAGUUUUCAUUUAAUUUCAAAAAUAUAAUAUUUACAUUUUUGAAUAACUUCAUUACUCAAUGCAGUACUUACAAACAAUUAUGCAAUUUAUCGAAAGGCUCGUGUAAUAAAUUUUCCAGUUUGUAAAAUUAAUGAAAUAAAUGUUUUGAACUUGAACUGA